AUGACGACGACGGAGCUCUUCCAUAUCUCCGACAUGGAACAACAACAGCAACCACCACCAUACCCACCCAAACCUCGCCGUAGUUGUGCUCUGAGGUGGAUUCUAAUCUUCCUCCCCAUCUUCAUCCUCCUCCUCCUCAUAAUCCUCAUUCUCUCAUUCACCGUCUUCAAAGCCAAAGACCCAACAACCCAAGUCGUUUCAGUCACCGUCGACGGCGUUUCACCGGAAGUCAUACUUCCCCAAUUCAAGGUCGAGCUUAAUAUAACACUCAACCUCCAGAUCCUCGUCCACAACCCCAAUCAUGCAAGCUUCAAACACGGCCCCGGCACCACCGUCGUAUACUACAACGGCACUCAGGUUGCUGUGGGGGAUAUCUCUCCUGGAACCGUCCCUGCAACUGGAUCCGAAACUUUUGCUAACAAGUUGAAUCUUCAGGCUGACCGGUUCGUAUCUGAAAUUUCUGAAUUGAUUAGCGAUUUGAUGGCAGGAGAAUUUGAGGUUGAGACCAAGUCUACUGUCCCUGGACGGGUAAAGUUUCUCGGGAUUUUUCACAAACACGUUGUUAGUCUUUCGGAUUGCCGGAUUGUGAUUGGUAUUUCCAAUCUCAAGGUUCGGAGCCAGGAGUGCAAUAACAAGAUCAAAUUUUAA